AUGGGCGGUCGAGGGCGAGGGAGCAAGUCCAGAACUCAAAGAAAGCACUUCCGAGACGGGAGAGAGAAUGUCUGGAAACGCUCCAAGUCCGACUCUCCCGCCGACGGCAACAGCGCCGCCACCGCCGCCGUCGAUCGCAGCUGGCAGCCUUUCGCCACUCAGAACACCGCCUUCGAUGAGUACUACAAGGAGCAAGGAAUUGUGUCGCCGGAAGAGUGGGAUACUUUCAUGGAGGUUAUUCGGUCGCCCUUGCCGGCUGCUUUUAGAAUAAAUUCCAGUAGUCAGUUUUCAUCGGAUAUUAGGAAGCAGUUAGAGAAUGACUUCACGAAAUGUCUCCAAGCUGAGGGGGCUGAUGGGGCUGAAAUAGAGGCUAUCAGACCGUUGGCUUGGUACCCUGAUAAUCUUGCCUGGCAUUCAAACUAUUCUCGCAUGCAACUGAGGAAAAAUCAAACCCUUGAGAGGUUCCAUGAAUUCUUGAAGCUGGAAAAUGAAAUUGGAAACAUAACUAGGCAGGAGGCUGUCAGCAUGGUUCCACCACUUUUCCUUGAUGUACGUCCAGAACACUUUAUCCUUGACAUGUGUGCGGCACCUGGUUCAAAAACAUUUCAGCUGCUUGAGAUUAUAUACCAAUCAACAAAACCAGGGUCACUUCCAGAUGGAAUGGUCAUAGCAAAUGAUCUUGAUGUUCAAAGAUGUAAUCUUCUCAUUCACCAAACAAAGAGAAUGUGCACUGCCAACUUGAUAGUCACAAACAAUGAAGCCCAACAGUUUCCUGGCUGCCGCCUUAGCAAAGCCUUGUCUAAACACUCUGUGUCAGAACAUGAACAAAGUAUGGGUCAGCUGCUCUUUGACCGUGUUCUCUGUGAUGUUCCUUGCAGUGGAGAUGGCACCCUCCGCAAGGCUCCGGAUUUGUGGAGGAAAUGGAGCCCAGGCAUGGGCAAUGGGCUUCACAACCUACAAAUUCAGAUAGCUAUGCGCGGUCUUGCCUUGCUAAAAGUUGGUGGAAAAAUGGUAUACUCAACCUGCUCAAUGAAUCCAGUUGAGAAUGAAGCUGUUGUUGCGGAGGUUCUAAGAAAAUGUGGAGGCUCUGUUGAAUUACUAGAUGUUUCAAACGAACUUCCUGACCUUGUUCGUCGGCCUGGCCUAAGAAAAUGGAAGGUGCGUGAUAGAGGUGUUUGGCUAGCUUCGCACAAAGAUGUCAUAAAAAAUCGCCAUUUUGGAGCUGUUCCUGGCAUGUUUCCUUCUGGGAGGACAUAUGUUGCUCCAAUUAAGAAGGAUAUUAAAAAUGAGAAUGGUGGCAAUUCUGAGCCAAACCAAGAAUUGGAAACUUCAAACGAGGAUGUUGAUGAAGAAACUUCUGAUCUUCCUCUAGAACGCUGCAUGAGGAUAGUGCCUCAUGAUCAGAAUAGUGGGGCCUUUUUCAUCGCUGUUCUUCAGAAGCUCUCUCCUUUACCUGCAAUUCCAGAAAACCCUAAAAAGCAGAAGAAUUCAAUAGCUAAGAAGGAUGAAACUCAAGAAAAGAUUUCAGAUCCAUCUGUUGAAGACACUGAUGAGCAAGAACAAGAGUCAAAAAGCAUUGUCAUGGAAUCUGCUUCUGAAGCUGCUUCAGAUAUUGAUUUGGUAGAUAAUGAAGAAGAGGAAAAGGAUGUUCCCAUGGAAGUAGCUCCAUGUGAUAACGUGUCUACUGAAAAUGGUUUAGAGGAUACCCAAGUGACAGUUAAUGGGAAGAGUGAUCCUGAGAAGGCUGUUGGCAAUAGAAAAUUGCAAAUGCAAGGAAGGUGGAAAGGAGUGGACCCUGUACUUUUCUUCAACGAUGAAGCUACCAUCAACAGUAUAAUUGAAUUCUAUGGUAUUGGUGAGUCAUUUCCGUUCAAGGGACAUCUAAUAUCCAGAAACAGUGACGAUAACCAUGUGAAGAGAAUUUAUUACAUCUCCAAGUCGGUGAAGGAUGCUCUUGAGCUUAAUAUUCUUGUUGGCCAGCAGCUCAAGAUCGCUUCUGUUGGCUUGAAAAUGUUUGAACGGCAAACAGCAAUAGCAGGGUCGGAUGCUCCAUGUGCAUUCCGAAUCUCUUCAGAAGGACUGCCUUUGAUUCUUCCUCACAUAACCAAGCAAAUCCUAAACGCGUCACCUGUGGACUUCAUUCAUAUUCUGAAGUACAAGACCAUCAAGUUUCGUGAUUUUGUUGAUGCCGCCUUCGGGGAGAAGGCAUCAAAGCUAAUGAUGGGUUGCUGUGUGAUAGUUUUGAAGAAAGAUGAUGGCCAAGUUUCAUCAGAUACAUUGAAGGUGGAUGCAUCGACAAUAGCAAUCGGUUGCUGGAAAGGCAGAGGCAGUCUGAGUGUGAUGGUGACGGCCAUUGACUGCCAAGAACUACUGGAAAGGCUUUCGGUUCGCGAUGAGGGCAUGAAAGAGAUAAUUGCCCGGAGUAAAGAGUCGAAGGUCUUAAAUCGCAAGGACGAAAAAGAGGAAGUUGAAGUGACUGAAGAAUUGGCAGCAGACCAAUGA